AUGGCCUUUUUUCGGGGUGGUGCAAGGAGGGUUGCAUUGAAUUUGCCGCACGGGUACAGAUUUGAUCCAACAGAUAACGAAGUGUUGUUCUAUCUGAGGAAGAACAUUUUGGAUCAGCAUUUUCCGGCUAAUGUGAUUCCAACUGCUGAUGUUUAUGGAACCAACCCAGAUGAGAUUCCGUUUUGUGAAUUUAAGGAUGGGAAUGGAAGUUACUGGUUCUUUUUCACUACCAAGCCUAGCGGCGACCUUGUCACAGAGGAUGGUUAUUGGAGUCCUAUAAUGGAUGCAGAAAUAACUGAUGGCACUAAAGUAGUUGGUUACAUGCGGCAUCUUGUUUUUUACCGAGGAAAAAUAUCUUCAGGGAUUCAAACUCUUUGGAACGUACAUGAAUAUAGAGUGAAUCCCAGUAUAUUUACAGCUGCUGAACUCAAUGAUGGCGUCAAAAAUAAGAUAACAAAUCUGGUUGUAUGCAAGAUUUUCCUUAAGAAGGAUGAUCCAGAUACUGAUUCUGAUGAAGAGAUUGAGGAGGAGGACGGAUCAGAAGAAGAGGAAGCUCCCAAUCCUAGUAACAUACGGAUCAGAAGGGAAUGA